AUGUUUACAACAACUCCGUUAUCACAAAUCGAUGGAUAUAUCAUAUUAUUAAGUUUUGGAAUUGUAUUUAGUUUAUUCAUAAUUGGAAUAACACUUCUUCUGCAAAGAUUCAAUGGUGAAAAUAAAAUGUCGAGUGAAACAUUUUUAACAGCAAAUCGAAAAGUUCGAUCAGGUUUAUUAACAUCAUCAAUCGUUUCAUCAUGGACAUGGGCCGCUACACUUUUACAAUCAAGUUCUGUUACUUAUUCCUAUGGUAUAUCGGGUGCAUUUUGGUAUGCAAAUGGUGCAACAAUUCAAAUUAUUUUAUUUUCAAUAAUGGCGAUAGAAUUUAAACGUCGAGCACCAUUUGCUCAUACAUAUUUAGAAGCCAUUCGCGCACGAUAUGGCCGUGAAGGUCAUUGGAUAUUCAUUAUAUUCUUUUUAUUUACAAAUAUUCUUGUUACAUUAAUGUUAUUAACAGGUGGUUCAGCUGUUAUUCAUUCAUUAUGUGGAAUGCCUAUCGUUGCUGCAUGUUUUUUAUUACCAUUAGGAACAAUUAUCUAUACGAUAGUUGGAGGAAUAAAAGCAGUAUUUUUAACAAAUUAUAUUCACACGGUAAUUAAUAUUCUCAUCAUAUUAUUUUUCGCGUUGACAACAUAUCAAACAUCACCUUUAUUGGGUUCAUUUUCACAAAUGUAUAAUUUACUUGUUAAUGCAAGUUUAACUCAUCCAAUUGAAGGAAAUUAUCAAGGAUCUUAUUUAACGAUGAAAUCCCAAGAUGGUGCAAUGUUUUUCUUCAUAAAUUUAAUUGGAAAUUUUGGAACCGUAUUUCUUGAUAAUGGAUAUUAUAACAAAGCAGUUGCUUCUUCACCAAAGUCUGUCAUACGUGGUUAUAUUCUUGGUGGUUUAGCAUGGUUUGCUAUUCCAUUUCUUGCUGGUACAACUAUGGGUCUCGUUGCUGUGACACUUGAAACAAAUUCAUUGUUUCCAACAUAUCCAAAUCGAUUAAGUAACGAUGAUGUCACAUUUGGUUUAACUUUACCUGCGGCUGCAAUUGUUUUACUUGGAAAAAGCGGAAGUAUAGCAAGUUUUAUUAUGAUAUAUUUAGCAUGUACAAGUGCAAUGUCUGCACAAUUGAUUGCAGUUGGAUCCAUUGUAACAUUUGAUAUUUAUCGAACUUAUUUUCAUCGAAAUGCAUCGGGAAAACGAUUAUUUUUCGUUUCACAUUUUUCUUUAUUAGCUUUUGCUUUGAUUAUGAGUAUUUCAUCAAUUGGUUUAUAUUAUGUUUCAAUAAGUUUGAGUUAUUUAUAUACAACAAUGGGAAUUAUUAUAUCAAGUGCUGUUCUACCUGCAUCAUUGACUAUUUUAUGGAAUAAACAAAGUAAAUUAGCUGCUUGUCUUUCUCCACCAUUGGGUUUGAUUUGUUCAAUUGGUUCUUGGUUAUUAUCAACAAAAUAUAUUUAUGGAAAAAUUACAAUUCAAACAACAGGAUCAAAUUUAUCAAUGUUGAUUGGAAAUCUCGUUGCAUUGUUAAGUCCUCUGAUAUUUAUUCCUUUAUUUACUUUUAUUAAACCAAAUGAAAUUCCUUACGAUUUCGUAUCAAUGAAAGAAAUUCAAUUAACUGACGUUAAUUCUCCAAAUCCUAAUAAUGCAACAGCUGAAGAAGUCGAACGAGGAAUUUCAUAUUUAAAAGACAAUUCUCGAUUUGUUCGUUUAAUUGCAAUAACAAUCACAAUAUGUUUAAAUUUAAUUUGGCCAUGGCCAAUGUAUGUCUCAUCAUAUGUAUUUAGUGAAACAUUUUUCACGUUUUGGAUUUGUUUGGGUAUCGUUUGGUUAUUGAUAUCAUUUAUUAUUGUUGGUAUUUAUCCAAUUAUGCAACACUAUCGAACAAUUAAGUCGAUUUUGAGUUUGAUUUAUUUUGAUAUCAAAGCAUUUCGAGAUCCAGAUUGA